GAAUCUAAACACAAAAGAAAUAAAUCAAUAACAUUCACUCCACACAGAUACCCUAGAAUUAGGAAAGCAUGUGAUUUCUUGUAUUAAUUCUAAUUGGGAGAAGAACAUCUACUGCAGUAACAGAAAGAACACAUCAUAGACAUUUGGGCUUUUCCACUUUGCCAGCAAGUAGGGGGUAUUUGCAGUUGGUGGUCUGCUUUUGGUGGAGAGACGCCCAUUCAUCUGUUGUCACUGCAGCCUGUUCCCAAUUUUUGAAUCCCAGACAGCAAUUCAGAUCCCUGGCCCCCUCUGCUUUGCAUGCAAGGCUGGCUUGAGAAAGCUUCACAUGCAAGCAACACCCCAUACCUGUUCCCUUCGUAAGAAAACCACAGGCACUUCCCAGUACCUGCUCAGACUGCUGUACAAUGGGAAGCUUUGAGGAAAGGAAUUGAUCAUCUUCUCAGCAGAGUCAUUUGAAUGAAAUUCCACUUGACAGGCUGUCUCCAAGCACAGAGGCAGAGAGCGUCCUAGCUUUGCACACAGGACUUGCUUAGUUACAGUGUAUCAGAUCUCUCAUCUGGCCGCCUGCUACUUUUUAUUAGUCCACUAUCACUAGAGGCUCCUGCAGAAAGAGGUGCUGAUAUGGAAGAAAACAUGGAAGAAGGACAGACACAGAAAGGUUGCUUUGAAUGCUGCAUAAAAUGCCUCGGGGGUAUUCCAUAUGCCUCACUGAUUGCCACGAUCCUGCUGUAUGCUGGGGUUGCCCUGUUCUGUGGAUGUGGUCAUGAAGCUCUCUCAGGCACUGUCAACAUUUUGCAAACCUAUUUCGAGAUGGCAAGAACUGCUGGAGACACACUUGACGUCUUUACCAUGAUCGAUAUCUUCAAAUAUGCAAUAUAUGGGAUAGCAGCUGCCUUCUUCGUGUAUGGUAUUUUGCUUAUGGUGGAAGGAUUCUUUACAACAGGAGCCAUUAAGGAUCUCUAUGGAGACUUCAAAAUCACCAACUGUGGCAGAUGUGUGAGCGCAUGGUUUAUUAUGCUGACAUACCUCUUCAUGCUUGCCUGGCUUGGGGUCACAGCAUUCACCGCCCUGCCUGUGUAUAUGUACUUCAACCUGUGGACCAUUUGCCGAAAUGCAACUUUAGUUGAUGAAGCUAAUUUUUGCUUGGAUCUCCGACAGUUUGGUAUCGUUACUAUUGGCGAAGAAAAGAAAUUGUGUACAAUGUCUGAAACCUUUCUUCGGAUGUGUGAGUCUACAGAGCUCAACAUGACCUUCCACCUGUUUAUUGUUGCACUUGCUGGAGCCGGAGCUGCAGUCAUUGCCAUGGUUCACUAUCUAAUGGUCUUGUCAGCUAACUGGGCCUAUGUGAAAGAUGCAUGCCGAAUGCAGAAGUAUGAAGACAUAAAGUCCAAGGAAGAACAGGAGCUUCAUGACAUCCAUUCUACCCGCUCAAAAGAGCGGCUCAAUGCUUACACAUAAAACAAACCUUCUACAUCAUUGUAACAUUUCAGUUCUUUGUUGUAUAACAGCCUCCCUUCCAUUGUAAAAUGAAAAUUAAGUGCUUUUCCUACAAGACAGUGUGCGAUGUAUAUCACCUAUCUACAUAACCUUGGUUGACAAGCACUUGGCUUCUUCACAUUGGUCCUUGUGAUGAUGUCAUAACAUGGAGCACCCUUAUAGUCUUUCCUAAAUUGUCAUAACGUGACUGGUUUCUUAGAUGAAGAAAAAUAACUGUUAAAUACAGAUUUUUUUUCCUUUUUUUUUUUUUAACACCACUUUAAAUGUGUUUUGCAUAAAACAUUUUUCAUCGUUUCCUAUGUUUUUGAAAGAGAAAGCUUUUUAUACUUUUUAGUUUUGAGUUUCAAAAUCUACUUUUACCUACAGGUAAACUUCAAAGGGACAGUUGUACAGAUAAGCAUGUACAAUAUACUAAUUACAGUGCAAGCUCAUGCAUGGGUAUCUCGGUAUUGUUUUUGGGUCCCUAUGAGUAAUCCUAAGUCCACUUUUUGUUUGGCAGGUUACAAGGUGCUUUUUUUUAUUGGUGUUAAUGUAUUAGUAUCAUUGUAUGCUACUAACACUUCCAUAUUCACAUUCUGCCAACUUCAGUGACCAAGUCAACUGUUUAUAAAGUUGUGAGCAUGCAUGCUGUGAUGCAACCGCAUGGAUCCUCCCCAUUUAAAAUGGAGUUUAUUAUUACCCUUAUAUCAACUGUAAUUGAUGUUCACCCAACAAAUAGUUAAAAUUAGUAUGUAGUUGAUCAACUAUGAUUUGAU